AUGGCGUCUCGACAACAGUUCAGUGAUUUACUUCUUUACCCCAGAACCAUGGUUUCUGAGAAGAAAAAUCUCCAAGCUAACAUUUCUCUCUUAUGCUGGUAUAGCAAUAAAUUCAUGCAAUUAAGCCGAGCAAAUGCUUUUCAAAACUGCAUAAAGACCGGAAGUAUCAUUAAUGAGGGUCAUAUUGACUUACGAAACUUUCUACAUGAUGCUAAAAAGAUGCUUAUCGAAAAAAUUCAAACUACUUUAAAAUCUGAAGGUAGUAUUAAAGUGAGCACAACUUUAAUAUGCAAAUUUGAAAAUUAA